UCAAAGACAUUUGGGGGGCGGAUAAGGAAGUGAGGGGGCAGAAGUCACGUCGGUUGUAGAAGUGAGAGGACUGGGCCGGUGCAGCGUAAAUGGACCCACUUCUACCAUCCGGCGAUGCUCAACUCAGUGUUUUCGAUAGCGAUGAUUCUCCAGGAGAAAUAAAGAAGUUUUUACAGUCAAACGCAAAAAAUGACCCCAGAUUCCAAGAGCUGCAGACGUUCCUGAUCGAUUGGAUCAACGGCGAACUGAAAGAGGAGCACAUUGUGGUGAAGAGCCUAGAAGAGGAUCUGUACGAUGGGCUCGUUCUUCACCAUCUGCUCAAAAAAAUAGCUGGAAUGAAGUUGGAGGUGGAGGAGAUUGUGCUGUCAGCCAACAGCCAGAAGCGCAAGUUGGGAAUCAUCAUGGAGGCCAUAUCCCAGAGUCUGCAACUGCAGGAGACUGACCUGAAAUGGAGCAUAAAUGAGAUCCACAACAAAGACCUACUGUGUACAUUGCACCUCAUUGUGGCCCUUGCACAGCACUUCCGUCCGGACUUGGAGCUUCCUUCCAACGUGGCAGUAGAAGUGAUCAAAGUGGAGGCCAUCAUGAAUGAACAAGCACCUGGUAAACCUGAGCCUGACACUGACGGAGCUGGAGAGCCAGUUUGCUGAUGGCGUAAUCCUCCUGCUCCUCAUCGGGCAACUGGAAGGCUAUUUCAUGAAUCUCGGCUCCUUUUUCCUGACUCCCGGC